AUGAAGAAACUUUUCACAACUAGCAUAAAUUCUCAUGGCAUCAGUGAAAAAUCAUUCGAGCUGCAAAAUUGUAGAUCAUCAUAUGUGGCUGCUUUUGGUUUCAAUCAAUCAGUUGACAUUUUUGAUCGUCAUGGUGAGAAGAAACUGGAAAUACCUUUACCUGGAGAGGCUAUCUCCAUGUCCUGGGAUGCUGAUGGUGACAAUCUUGCUAUCAUCGAUGAUAAAACAUCUUCCGCUACGUUAUGGGAUUCUCUUUCUUUCAAAAUAAGCCAAAUUCAUACUGGAGUGAGAGAUAACCUAACUGUUUUGUCUUGGUCUAAGGUAGGAAGUCGUUUAGCUAUCGGGACAAGUAAAGGCAACCUUAUCAUAUACAAUCACAAGAAUUUGAAAAAAACAUCGCUUCUCGGAAAACAUACCAGAAGAAUAACAUGUGCUGUGUGGAACAGAAACAACAUUAUAGCACUGGCAAGCGACGAUAAAAGCAUCACUAUAAACUCUUCCGAAGGCGAUUUAAUUAAACACACCGUAAUACAUGAUCAGCCUUUAAGUUUGGACUUUGGCCGGAUGAAACUUGACGUUACCUCCGGAAGUGAAGACAAUACAGUUAGUUGCAUCAUUGGUAAGAAGAAAUUAUUUUUGCUAAAUCUGAACGAUAUGGAAAAUCCAUUGGAGCUGGCAUUUCGUCAAGCCUAUGGUGAUAUAAUUGCAUACCAUUGGUUCGGUGAUGGAUACAUUAUGGUUGGAUUUUCAUGUGGUUACUUUGUUGUGAUUUCCACACAGUCAAGUGAAUUCGGAAAAGAGAUCUAUCAAAUUCGUGAUCAUAAAGAUAGUUUACAUGAUAUUUCAGUGUCUACGGUCUUAAAUCGAUGUGCAACUGUGGGAGAUCGUUGUGUCAAAAUCCAUGACCUCCAAAAUAUUCGUGAAUUAACUGCAAUUAUUGAAUUGGAGCAACAAGAAGAAGAACUGAAUAGUUCAAAUAAUAAAAGCAAUAAUAUGAGUACCGGAAGUAUUGACAAUAAUCUAUUGAAGUAUCAGUUACAAUGGUCAGAUGAUGGACAAUUAAUGGCUAUUUGUACACCACAAAAACUUUUACAUGUAUUUCUAAGUCAAUUACCAUUGUUAGCUUCAUUAGCUUCUCCAAAUAGUACAAAUCUAUUGGCGAGAUUAACUUCUUUGUUGGAGGUUACUGUGGAACCUAUUCCAAAUGCUAAGCAAAUAGCUGACUUACCUGAACUAUAUCGUUCAUCGUAUUUAUUAAAAAUUGAAACGGAACCAACGUUUAUUGGUCUUGGACAAAAAUAUCUAUCUGUAGGGAUAAAUAAUCAUGCUUGGUUUUAUGAAUUGACCAAAUCAGAAAUCGUGUUAAUAUCGGAAUAUGAUUAUUUGACUACUGUGGAUCGAAUAAGCUUGAAUGAAAAUUAUGCUGCAGCUGUGGACCAGAUGGAAAACUUACAUUACACUGGAUAA